AUGCCGGGACAUAACCCUUUUGGGAUUGGCCUGCCAUCCAAGGGGAUAAAAAAUGAAGACAGCCUCUUUCCAUCCCCAUGGGAUGAGUUUUUGCCCUCCACGGGCAGAAACCCCAAGCUUACCAUCUCCCUUCUCACCCUCUCCAGCCUUACAGGGCGUGAUGUCCUGACACCCUUCCCAGGCCUGGGCACAGCGGCAGCCCCGGCACAGGCUGGUGCCCACCUGAAGCAGUGUGAUCUGCUGAAGCUGUCUCGGCGGCAGAAGCAGCUCUGCAGAAGGGAGCCUGGGCUGGCCGAGACCCUGAGGGAUGCAGCACACCUGGGGCUGCUGGAAUGCCAGUUCCAGUUCAGACAGGAGCGCUGGAACUGCAGCCUGGAGGGGAGGACUGGCCUGCUGCAGAGAGGCUUCAAGGAGACAGCUUUCCUGUAUGCUGUGUCUGCAGCUGCCCUCACACAUGCGCUGGCCCGGGCCUGCAGUGCAGGGCGCAUGGAGCGUUGCACCUGCGAUGACUCUCCAGGCCUGGAGAGCAGGCAGGCCUGGCAAUGGGGUGUGUGUGGUGAUAACCUGAAGUACAGCACCAAGUUCCUAAGCAACUUCCUGGGGCCCAAGAGAGGAAGCAAGGACCUACGAGCCCGAGCUGAUGCCCACAACACCCAUGUGGGCAUCAAGGCUGUGAAGAGUGGCCUGAGAACAACCUGUAAGUGCCAUGGUGUGUCAGGCUCCUGUGCUGUGCGUACCUGUUGGAAGCAGCUCUCCCCAUUUCGAGAGACUGGCCAGGUGCUGAAGCUACGCUAUGACACGGCCGUCAAGGUAUCCAGUGCCACCAAUGAGGCUUUGGGCCGUCUGGAGCUGUGGGUGCCCGCUAAGCCAGGUGGGCCUGCCAAGGGCCUAACACCUCGCCCUGGGGACCUGGUCUACAUGGAAGAUUCUCCCAGCUUCUGCCGGCCCAGCAAGUACUCUCCGGGCACGGCAGGCAGAGUGUGUUCUCGGGAUGCAAGCUGCAGCAGCCUGUGCUGUGGGCGAGGCUAUGACACCCAGAGCCGCAUGGUGGCUUUCUCCUGCCACUGCCAGGUGCAGUGGUGCUGCUAUGUGGAGUGCCAGCAGUGUGCGCAGCAAGAGCUUGUGUAUACCUGCAAGCGCUAGGCCUCGGCCGGAUGGGACUGUGGUACUGCCAGGACUCCCGUGGCACAGGACUCCGGCAAGCACCUAUCUGCAAAUGCAUGUGCCAUGCACAAGAGCGUGCCACUCAUCUCUCACCCCCAACUGAUCGCUGGCCCUCCUUCUGCCUUCAUCAUCAUUCAGCAGAGAGAAACAAAGCCCCGUCUCUGAGUCCCAUGAUCACCAACCUGGCUGAGGACUUGGGGCAGAUCAGACUGAGAAGAGAAGACCAGGGGAGGGCAGGGAUGAUGCUAUGCCAGAGAUGCUUCCCAUCCCAAGGCCAACAAAAGCUGGGAGGAUAUGGAGGAGGAAGGCAGAGCCAGCUGGAGUGGGGCGGGGGGCAUCCAACUGAGCAUGGCCAACCUGUUGUGGUAUCCCCACUCUGGUGGCAGAGAGCUCUGGGUGCCACAUGCCUGCCCUGCUUUGGGAGGGGGUGUGCUUUGCACACUGGAGACUGUCCGAGAUGUUUAUUGGGAGCAAGGAAAGCUUUUUAGGCUUGGGUGGAUCAGGUCACCUGAAGUCUUGUGUCCUGGUACUCAAGGCUGCCUCCUUGUCUCCUUGUCUUGAGAGCUGCCAUCCAGCUCUGCUCAGUGAGACCCCCUAAUGCAUCUAAGAAGGGUGCAGGAGCCAGUCUUCAUGGUUGAGUGGUGGAGACAGGGGCCCUUUCUCUUUUCCUUGGUGGCCAAAGGAAUCUUUAAUCACAGCCCAGAGGAGGAGAGGCAGUGUCCUGAUGCAUGGAAGAGAUAUGGCAGGCUGUAUUAAAACACCGCUCUGGAGUGUGUUCUGCCAGUUCCCUUUGACCGGGGUCUCCCUGAGCUGCGAGGCCCGCACGCAUGUUAGUAACACUUGUGAAGAAUGGUUGGCUCAUGAGCCAUGUGUCUGCUUACUUCCCUGCUCUCAGGAUGCAGACGCUGGCUUUUGCCCUGGCUGAGUCUUUGCUAAGCCUCUCUCCUCAGUGACCCCAUUCCUUUACUAAUGGCCCCUUCACUUGGGCUCCUACCGGGAGGAGUAGAAUGACUGCUGAUGGACCAAGUAGGCAUUUUUAAUGUCUCCUGACAAGGCCCCUGAAAAAGGAGAGAAGCCAGUGCCCAGGUACAGGCCCACACAGAUGCACACACACACACAGCCUAGCCAGGCAUAGGCUUCCCAUGGAGCAGUGCACAUCUCUCCAGCCUAGGACACUGGGGUCACUCUGCUGGAGUUCUGCAUGCUUCCCCAGGGCAGGACCCAAGACCAGCAGGGAGGAAAUGACCUCCUUUGGGAAGCCUUUGGCCACUUGGCUGGCUGUGCGGCUCCCUCCUACCCCCACCCGCCCGCUCCUUCCUCUCUGAACCCUGUCAGGGUUACUAUCCUUCUGCAGGAACAGGAAGCUUUGGAAUCAGUGGGUGCUCAGCAAACACUGACCAUGACAGCUCCAGGAAGGAGGCUCUAUGGGCCAGAAGGGGCCACCCUAUCUUCAGUGGCUCAGGGCAGCAUGAGGAUACUGGAAGGAUCUUUGAUGGUAGGAGCUCCAAGAAGAGCCACAGUGACCUGAGACCCUCCCCUGGAAUGACUUUGCUGACCAAAGAAGCCCACCGCUAGCUUCCUAUUUUCCUGCUGAAGGUUGACUUGUUCCUUGGUAGCCUAAGGCAUCCUUCUCCUGUGUGACCUUGUUCCUUGGUUACCUACUCUCUGUGACCACUACUCUGCCUGGAGGCUAUACAGGCAAGAAGGGAGCCGGAAACAACUUGGGGACUAGGACACUCUGACCUACAACCAUACCACCUGUACCCUGACUCUAUGGUCAGGAGGGCAGGGGUGCAGAAGGGUCAAAGUCGGACUUGAAGCCUAGGCUGUGGCUGGCUGUUAACACUGAUGCCCUAGCCCCCAGUCUGACCCUCUCCCUCCCUUCUUUCUUUCUCCAAGGCCCCUUUCUUUCUGUUCCCCUAACAUCCCACCCCAGUUAUGCUGGGGCCCCUCAGACUGGAACUUUAAGGGAGAUGUUCACAGGGUAUUUCUGCCUACCUCAUACAUAUAGUUUUUAGAAAAUAAUUUAUAUAGCUAAGAUAUAUGGGAAAGUAUUUAUGUUAUUUAUAUAGCUUCUCUAUUUCUUGGGCACCACAUGUGGGGUUCAACGUGUUUACCCAGAAGCCUCUGGGGAAACACAACUGAGUCUUCCAGGGGCGCUCACGGAGCUGGAUACCAGGUAGCUGAGGGAGGUCACAGUUCCUGUGUCUCAUGGAAGACUGUCUUGGAGCUUGGGAGUACACAUCCGUCCUGAGAUGAGCUCUGUGAAACUGAGCAGGGUCUUUCUUGUGAGGUCUGUGGAUUCCCUGUCUCUGGGCCCCAGGAGGCCUUUCUGCUCUGUCCAAAGGGUUUUGCUCAUAAAGGACAAAAAGAAUGGGCACUUUCCAAUUUUAGAAACACUCUUCUCUUCACUCUCCCUUGAUUUCUCCAUUUUCCCUGUAAGGUUAGGUUAGAUGAGGCCAAAGUACUCUAUCCAUUUUCCAAAUUUGGCCCAGAGAUAGAGGCCUGUGCUCAAAGUCACAUGAAGAGAACAAUGAGUGAAUAUUGACUUGAACAUGCCCCAAUAACUGGGGGAGUGGACCUCCUCCAAACCUAAGAGCCAAAGCCACUAAUCUCACCCUGAACCUAGAAACUAAGGGAGGUCCUUGCUAUGUGUGACCUUUGUCUUCCCCCCUGGACAACAUGCUAGUUUCUCCAGCAAGCUGAGUCUCAUAUCUCAGGACUGGGACUUCCUGAGAAGCCUGGAGAGACAAAGACUCCAUGGAGGUCAUUUUUGGGGGGUCCUGCAGCACACAUCACCCAAGAUAUAGUUUCCAGCCCCUUCCAGCCCAGAGAUGAGUUUUGUUUGCUUUCUUUCAUGUUUUUGCCUUUGAAAAUGAAUUAUUUCCCACUGGGCUUUGAAAAUCAGUUGCACUGGCAAAUGGGACUGGCAUCCUGAUAGGCUGCCAGCAUUGGGAGCCACACCAGACAGAAUGCAUGGGACCCCCUCUUAUCCCAGAGUCCCCUGCCCUUCCUCAAGUCAUACAUGCUCCCAUCUGGCUUUCAUGGGCAUGCAGAACCUGUCUCCUGGCCUGCAUAUAGCCAGAUGUUCUGACACCCGCUGUUGGCAGAUGGAUGACCACACAGACUGUGCCAGCCCUGAAGAUCAUGUCUUUCUUUCCAGUGUCAUCUCAACAGCCACGAACUGCCAGUACUUCCCCUCUGAGCACAUUUGAGAACGACAAUGGAAGCCCUACUUUUUUAAUGCUGUCACACACUUAAGAGCCAGUCCCAGCUUCAUGAGGCUGACGUGCUGGAGAGAAGAAAGCUAACAAACCAAUAAACUAUGCACUGGGUA